UUCAAUUAACCCCUGCUCUCAAAGAUGGGUUACGCUAAAGUCUCUUCAUUUCUCUUUGUGAUCAUCUUUCUCACUAAUGGCGGUUCCUCCACCACUUUCACCGUCGUUAACCAAUGUAACUACACUGUUUGGCCGGGACUUCUCUCCGGCGCCGGAACCGCUCCCUUAUCCACUACCGGUUUCUCCUUAAACUCAUCCGAGUCACGGGUCAUCCCCAUACCCGCCUCCUGGUCCGGCCGCAUAUGGGGUCGCACGCUCUGCAAUCAAGACCCCACCACCGGUAAAUUUACUUGCGUCACGGGCGACUGUGGCUCAUCCAAAAUCGAAUGCUCAGGCGCCGGAGGCAAACCUCCGGCUACACUAGCAGAGUUCACACUCAACGGCGCAAGUAAUCUUGAUUUCUUCGACAUCAGCCUCGUCGACGGUUACAACGUCCCCAUGAUGAUCGUUCCUCACGGUGGAGCCGCCGGAGUUGGUAAAUGCAUGGCCGCGGGUUGUGCGGCGGAUCUCAACGUAGUUUGUCCAGCUCAGCUGAAACUAACGGUGGAAGACGCGGCUGGAGAGGCUGUGGCGUGCAAGAGCGCUUGCGAAGCGUUUGGAACGCCGGAGUAUUGCUGUAGCGGAGCGUUUGGAACGCCGGACACGUGUAAGGCGAGUGAGUACGCUGGUUUCUUCAAAAAAGCUUGCCCGACGGCUUAUAGCUACGCUUAUGACGAUGGGACAAGCACCUUUACUUGCUCCGGCGCUGAUUACGUCAUCACUUUUUGUCCUUGACGUUAUAGAUUCUGUUAUAUUUGUUUCCCUUUUGCUAGGAUUUAGCAUCUUUAUUGCCAAAAUUUAUAAAAACAAAUAUCUAGAUAAUAAUAGUAUCUAAAUAUAUUAUUAACCAUUCCAAAUAAUAAGUGUUUUAUGG